UGUGAACGGCUACUAGCUCUCUCACUGGGUCACUCACACCAAUAAAAGGGACCUCUUCCCCUUACCCCAGGUCUUUCCUUCUCGUUAGUCUCUUCGGCUCUCCAAUUAGCUGUGGAGACGCGUAUUCUAGACUCCAGACUUCUCUUUAUCCUUACCCAACUCAAAUAGCAUAAAGACUAUGGAGUGCUCUCAUCUGGGUUUACUUCUCCUGGUCUAUUGCUUUCUACAUGUGGUUCUUGCUUCUGGGUCACCCAGGAAUUUGCCAAUAAUGGCCUUUGAUGAAGGGUAUUCCCAGCUUUUUGGUAAUGAUAAUCUGGUUGUCCUUGGGGACGGGAAAUCGGUUCAUCUUUCUCUGGAUGAGAGGACAGGGUCGGGAUUCGUGUCUCAGGACAUUUAUCUUCACGGGUUUUUCAGUGCUUCGAUUAAGUUGCCUGCUGAAUACACUGCUGGUGUUGUGGUUGCGUUUUAUAUGUCAAAUGGUGAUAUGUUUGAGAAGAACCACGAUGAAAUAGAUUUCGAAUUUUUGGGUAAUAUCAGAGGCAAAGAUUGGAGGAUUCAGACCAAUGUUUAUGGCAACGGAAGCACAAGCAUUGGCCGAGAAGAGAGAUACAAUCUCUGGUUCGAUCCCUCAGAGGAUUUCCAUCAGUACAGCAUUCUCUGGACUGAGACUCAGAUCAUAUUUUAUGUAGACAAUGUGCCCAUUAGAGAGCUAAAGAGAACAGAAGCUAUGGGUGGUGACUUCCCCUCUAAGCCAAUGACUUUGUAUGCGACAAUAUGGGAUGGGUCUGAUUGGGCUACCAAUGGAGGCAAAUACAGAGUCAAUUACAAAUAUGCCCCCUACAUCUCAGAAUUCUCUGAUUUUGUCCUUCAUGGAUGUGCUGUUGAUCCCAUUAACCAUUUAGCAAAGUGUGACAAAGCUCAAAGUUCUGAAGCAAUUCCCACUGGUGUCACACCCGUGCAAAGAAUCAAAAUGGAGAGCUUUAGAAAGAAGCACAUGACAUAUUCCUAUUGCUAUGAUAGAGUUCGUUACAAAGUUCACCCCCCGGAGUGUGUGAUUAAUCCCCAAGAAGCAGAGAGACUUAGGGUCUUUGAUCCUGUUACAUUUGGGAAUGGCCGGCGCCACCAUGGAAAACGACACCACCAUAGCCGAACAAGCCAGGCCGAGGCAAUUUCCAUUUAGGAAGGUUGCAGCAUUUGUUUUGUGAAACGGGCAUUGUUAUCAUCUCUUAGUUUCCCUUUUAGUUUGUGUACAGAGAGGAGCACAGAUUUAUUGAGGGGGAUGAAGAGUUUUAUAUGGUUGGUGGUGGUUAUGUGUAUAGUUCAUUCCUAUAGGGUUCCCUGUUAUUUUAUCAUUGAUGAUGUCUCUACAAAAUUAAAUUUGGUGAUGAUUGUGUACUUUAAAAUCUUAAAUAGACAACCCUGAUUGUUUCAAUAAUUAUUAG